UGAAUUGGCUUGAAGGGCCUGGAUCAGAACAACUAAGAGCCCAGUGGGGGAUUGGCGACUCCAUUAGGGCUUCCCAGGCCCUGCAGCAAAAGCAUGAAGAGAUCGAGAGCCAGCACAGUGAAUGGUUUGCAGUGUAUGUAGAGCUUAAUCAGCAAAUUGCAGCACUCCUGAAUGCUGGCGAUGAGGAAGAUCUGGUGGAACUGAAGUCAUUGCAGCAACAACUUAGUGAUGUUUGUUAUCGACAGGCCAGUCAGCUGGAAUUUAGGCAGAAUCUCUUACAAGCAGCUCUUGAAUUUCAUGGUGUUGCCCAAGAUUUGUCUCAGCAGUUGGAUGGCUUAUUAGGGAUGUUGUGCGUAGAUGUAGCGCCAGCUGAUGGAGCAUCGAUUCAGCAAACUUUAAAACUGCUUGAAGAGAAGCUGAAAAGUGUUGAUGUGGGAUUGCAAGGUUUGCGUGAAAAAGGUCAAGGUCUCCUGGAUCAGAUCUCCAACCAGGCAUCCUGGGCCUAUGGAAAGGAUGUAACCAUUGAAAAUAAAGAAAAUGUGGACCACAUACAAGGAGUGAUGGAAGAUAUGCAACUUAGGAAACAAAGAUGUGAAGACAUGGUAGAUGUGCGAAGGUUAAAGAUGCUUCAGAUGGUGCAGCUGUUUAAAUGUGAAGAAGAUGCUGCCCAGGCAGUAGAGUGGCUAAGUGAACUUCUGGAUGCUCUGCUUAAGACCCACAUCAGAUUGGGCGAUGAUGCUCAAGAAACGAAAGUUUUGCUGGAAAAGCAUAGAAAAUUUGUUGAUGUUGCACAGAGCACUUAUGACUAUGGUAGGCAGUUGCUACAGGCCACAGUGGUGUUGUGCCAGUCUUUGCGCUGCACCUCUCGAUCCUCUGGGGAUACACUUCCUCGACUCAACAGAGUAUGGAAACAAUUUACAAUAGCAUCUGAAGAGAGAGUACAUAGGUUGGAAAUGGCUAUUGCAUUUCACUCAAAUGCCGAAAAGAUUUUGCAAGACUGUCCAGAAGAGCCUGAAGCUAUUAAUGAUGAGGAGCAAUUUGAUGAAAUUGAGGCAGUUGGGAAAUCACUUUUGGAUAGAUUAACUGUUCCUGUAGUUUAUCCUGAUGGAACUGAACAAUAUUUUGGGAGUCCAAGUGACAUGGCUUCUACUGCAGAACACAUCAGAGACAGGAUGAAACUAGUUAGUCUCAAAAGGCAGCAGCUGAGACACCCUGAAAUGGUGACCACAGAGAGCUAAAAGCUACCACCUUCUCGCAGACCUGCAAUUCCUAACCCCGCAUGUCGUCAGCAUACCACAGCAUUAGCUACAACACGUUCAAUUGCGUUUCACAGACAAAAUAAGUCUCAUUUCUUUUCAUGACACAUUUUUUUCUACAUGUUAACACCUUGCAAUUACCAAGGCAUAAUUACCUAACAUGCUUCAAGACCAUAGACUCCCAGUAUCUUAAAAGAAGAACUAUAAACAGUGCACUGAAAACUUGCUUUAAAGCUUUACCUGACCUGUCAGUUUGUAGAUUAAACAACUGAUACAAGCUUUGAAUGGUGCUAAUAAGAGUAGGAGUUCUCUGUAUCAAAAAAUGGUUGCCCUUCCCAGGUGAUUUAGUAAAUUUAAACUGUAGUUAAACUGUUAUUAGUAUACAUUAGUGUCCUCAAAAUUUUACUUUGUAAUUCCUCAAAAUUGAUUAUUUUUAUUGUGUCCUUAUGAAGAAAAGCCUUCAGAUCUUUGAUAUAUCAUAUUCAUUAAAAGACAUUUUCCUAUUUGUAUUGAUAAUGUAUUAAAAGUUGUUUGUGCUUAAUAAAAGGCUUCUUUAAACAUCUUAUUUAAUUUGGUAGUUACAUCCUGUUUUCAAACAUGAGUGCCUUAUUUAAAAGGGCAUUCUUAGUAUUGUGAGGAUUGUUUAAUAUUGUUUUUCCGUGGUUGCAUGUAUUUUAGCCAGGAAAUUCAUAUGUAAGCAUGUGUAUAUAAUAAAUAAGCAUGUUUUAUCAUAAAAAAUAAUUGUGAAGAACAAUUUAGAUCUUUAAGAACUUAUUCAUAAUGGAAUACUAUUUCUAAUUUUUUUCUUCUUCAACUUGAAAAAUAUUAUCAAAAUUAUUAACUACCCUGAAGAUAUUUUGUCUUUAGGAGAGGAGGGUUGAGGAAAAAGUCAUAUAUAAUUUCUUUAGUGUAAUUCUUUAUAUCAGAGUAAUUAGCAAUUGUUAAUAAAAUUUAAUUUCUCAUGAUAGACUAGAAGCAAAAUAAAUUCUGAAGUAGUCCAAUAACGAAAACUGUAUGACUCCUUUAGAAAUAAAAUUUAUCAUGAAA